GCCUCCGCCCAGCCCGCCCGGCCCCUGGCCGCCCUCCCGCGGCUCGCGACAACUUUUGAGGCGGGGAGCGCGCUCGCAGCCUCACUCCGCUCACAUCCAGGUCCCGCGAGGCCCCCGCCGCCCGCUGCCCUCGCUCGCGGCCGCCCCGCGCCCGCCCCGCGCGCCGGGCAUGUGAGCGCAGGCGGGCGCCGCCACCAUGGCCUCGCCGCGCGCCUCGCGGUGGCCGCCGCCGCUCCUGCUGCUGCUGCUGCUGCUGCCGCCGCCGCUGCUGCCGCUACCCGCGGAGGCCCCCGGGACGCGGGACCCGCCGCCUUCCCUGGCCCGCCGCGCGCCGAGCCGAGCGCCCCUCGCGGGCGCGGGGCUGAAGCUGCAGCUGGAGCGCCGCCCGGAGCGUGAGCCGCCGCCGCCCACGCCGCCCCCCGGCCCCAGUCACACCAACCCUGAGCCGGGCGCCGCGGCACGGCGAGGACCCUCCGGCCGGGACCCCCGAGGCGGGAGCGCGGGUGAGUGAGAGCCGGGGACCUGGCGCCCGGCCAGCCUGGGCUGGGGGCGUGGGCGCGCCGCGGGCUGCAUCCCCAGCCGUAGGCCCCUCCGCACCGUGCGACCCCGGGUGGGGGCUCCUCGCCCGGCAUGUGCGGGACCCUGACGGUCGGCGGGUAGGGAGGGACGCUUUGGCCGGUGGCUGGACUGGGGGUGUGACCAUCCCUUUCUCCCCCGACCCUUUGGAAGAAAACUUAUUUCCCAUGGGUACCCUGUAUCUCUUCCAGCCUACUUAAAAAAAAAAAAAAAAUGGAAAGGAAAGAAAAAAGGCU